UAGCCCUUUGGUCCUGAAUCGAUUGACAGAGAUUUCUAGAAAGAGAGAGAGAAAGAGAGAGAGAGAGAGAGAAUGGCAGGAGUUGGUCCGAUCACUCAGGACUGGGAACCGGUGGUGAUCCGCAAGAAGGCUCCGACAUCCGCCGCCCGGAAAGAUGAGAAAGCCGUCAACGCUGCUCGUCGUGCUGGUGCCGACAUCGAAACUGUCAAAAAAUCGACUGCUGGCACAAACAAGGCUGCCUCUAGCAGCACUUCUUUGAACACUAGGAAGCUCGCUGAAGACACCGAGAGUCUUGCCCAUGAAAGGGUGCCAACUGAACUGAAGAAAAGCAUCAUGCAAGCUCGAAUGGAUAAGAAACUCACACAGUCUCAACUUGCUCAGAUUAUCAAUGAGAAGCCUCAAGUCAUACAAGAAUACGAAUCUGGAAAAGCCAUUCCAAAUCAACAGAUAAUCGGGAAACUGGAGAGGGCUCUUGGUGUGAAACUGCGAGGAAAGAAGUAAACCGACACAGCAAGGAAGAAAGUUGACUUUUAUUAUUGUGGAAUCUCUCUCUUUUGAGUCUUAUGAGUGGUGCUGUACAUGAACUUUUUCCAACCCUUGUCACGGGCUCUGUGUUUGUAAGACUGGCUGAUGAAUGUCUUUCUGUUGACUGAGAAUCUCUAUUUGGUCUUUGAGAUGGUUAAAAGUGCAACUUAAUGUGAAUACUUGUGGAUCUUCUGCAGUUUAUAAUUGUCUUUGGUUUAUUGGGA